CUUUCUCACUCUGUGUUGUCUCCUUCUUCAUCUGUCGUUUUCGCUACCGACGCGAACACCCCCUCCAAGAUCCUCUGUCCCCUCAACGAUGUCGACUCUCACAGUCCCAGAGUCAGUGCCCUCCAUGGCCGAUGACUGCGAGCAACUCCGUAAAGCUUUCGCAGGAUGGGGAACAAAUGAAAAGUUGAUCAUAUCCAUUUUGGCUCAUAGGAAUGUGGCGCAGAGGAAGCUGAUUAGGCAAACCUAUGCCGAGACUUACGGCGAGGACCUCCUCAAGGCAUUGGACAGAGAACUUACGAAUGAUUUCGAGAGGCUGGUGGUCCAUUGGACGCUUGAUCUGGCUGAACGUGAUGCGUACUUGGCAAAUGAAGCAACGAAAAGAUGGACUUCAAGCAAUCAGGUUCUCAUGGAAAUAGCCUGCACAAGGUCUCCUCACCACUUGCUGUUGGCAAGACAAGCAUAUCAUGCUCGAUACAAGAAAUCGCUGGAAGAGGACGUCGCACACCACACAACUGGGGAUUUUCGUAAGUUGCUGGUACCUCUCGUGAGCUCGUAUCGUUAUGAUGGAGAUGAGGUGAACAUGACUUUAGCAAAAGCAGAGGCUAAGAUACUCCACGAGAAGAUCUCGGAGAAGGCUUACAGCCAUGAGGAUCUCAUAAGGAUUUUGGCUACUAGGAGCAAAGCACAGGUCAAUGCUAUGCUGAAUCACUACAAAAAUGAGUUUGGAAAAAAUAUCAACAAGGAUUUGAAAACUGAUCCAAAAGACGAGUUCCUUGCUAUACUGAGAGCUACAGUCAAGUGCCUGACUCGCCCUGAGAAGUAUUUUGAGAAGGUUCUUCGUUUGGCCAUCAAUAGGCGUGGAACAGAUGAAGGAGCUCUGACCAGAGUGGUUGCUACCAGGGCUGAGGUCGACAUGAAGUUUAUAAGUGAGGAGUACCAGAGGACGAAUAGUGUCCCCCUCGAUCGUGCCAUUGUCAAAGACACUACUGGAUAUUAUGAAAAAAUGCUACUGGCAUUGAUUGGCCAUGCUGAGGCUUGAUUUACAAGUACUUGUGAAGCUAUGUCCAGUGGAGGCAAUUGUCUAUUUUGGCGUGGUUUGAGGUGUUUCUGUUUUCCUUGCUUUCCGGUAACAUAUAAUUACCAACAUGCCUCCCUAGAAAGUCUGUCAGUUAUAUCUAUGCGAAGCAAAUACAUUUCUUAUCAUGGCGUUGGAUUUGUACUUCUGAGAAGUCUUUGAUUGCUAGUAAGUGACUGUCAACUUGGUUUC